GUUUUCGUUCAGGAAACUUCUUCAUGGCUUGGUCCCCGCCUGCCAAUAUCAGGACCAUCUUCAUUCUUUGCCUUCACUACACAUUUGCUCAACUAUGCCCUGGUCGUUCGCAUGUCCAUCCUCCUGCCAGAUGCUAGUCUUGGUAGCAUUCACACUCUUGUCAGCUCUCGUCGAAGGCACUCGAAAUCUUUCCGGUGCGUCUUGGGGAUCGACAGCAUACGAAUGGGGUCUUCUAGGACGAUAUCCUCAGCAGUCUUUCAAAUCAGCGCCUCUGCACCCGCCGCUCACCAACACUGUCCAAUGGGAUGAACAAUGUGCCCAAGGGUACACUUUGCUGAGUUUACGCGGCACUGCAGUUUCUGAACCAGCUGCGAUCAUGCUAGGUGGACACGGAGAACUGGUUUGGAUGGACGAGAGUUUCGGUCCCUACGUGAUGAACCUCAAGGUGCAGAAGUAUAAGGGCGAGCAAUACCUAACUUUCUGGUCCGGAGACAUCAGUCUUGGUUUCGGGCUCGGCACGUAUUACAUGCUCGACUCUCAUUACCAGGUGUUUAAACAAUUUUCUGCAGCGAGCACGCUGGAGAAUGACUUCCAUGAGUACGCCAUCACAACCGACAACACAGCCCUACUUACCAGUUACGACACUGUUGCAAGAGAUCUGUCGACCCUAGGAGUUGAAGGCCAAGGCUGGAUCUACGAUAGUCUUUUUCGUGAGGUUGACAUCGAGACUGGUGAGAUCAUCUUUGAAUGGCGUGCUUCAGACCAUUUCGCCGUCAACGACACCUAUUAUCCUAUAGAUGCCGCAGGCAGAAGUCCCGAAGCUCCGUUCGACUUCUUUCAUAUCAACAGUGUUGACAAGGAUAUUAACGGCGACUACAUUGUCUCGUCUCGCUUCAUGCACAGUAUUGCGUGCAUCUCGGCCAGGACUGGAAAGCUUCUCUGGACAUUGGGAGGUCGCAACAAUGAUUUCGAGGAUCUAUCCGAUGGCUAUGCUACAGACUUUGCUUGGCAACACCACGUUUCCGUACAAGACGACAAUCGGCUGAGCAUAUUCGACAACACGAGGUAUAGGAAAUGGCAUGAAGAGCUGCUGGAAAGUAACGGCGAGAUAAGCCGCGGACUACUGGUACAGCUGGAUACCGACAACAUGACUGUCGAGCUUGUCCAAGAGUACAUGAAUCCUGGAGCGAGAGGAUCACCUCAACAAGGCUCCAUGCAAGUCCUGAACUCUGGCAAUGUGUUACUGGGAUGGGGCUAUCAUGCAGGUUUCACCGAGUACAGUUCUGAUGGUGCAGUGCUUUGUGAUAUUCACAUCAACCCGGCUAUGUUCUUCCCCUUUGGAUUUGUCCACUCUUACCGCGCGUUCAGAGCCGCCACCUGGAUUGGCCGCCCAAAUACACAACCAGACAUCUAUCUCGAUCACGAAGAUGGAUAUGCCUUUGUGAGCUGGAACGGCGCGACAGAAGUUACAGGCUGGAAGCUGCAAACAGCCAACGCGACUUCUGGUGAUAAAAUCGUUUUCACCGAUGCUGUCAACACAAACAAAGACGGGUUCGAGACAAAGAUUGAAAUGCCAGAUGGUGACUACGGCUUUUUGCGCAUUAUCGCGGUGGAUAAAGCUGGAAAUGUAUUAGCCAGCUCGAAGACCGUGGCGGCGAACAAAAUCAGUGUGCCUGCUGCAUCCAGAAAGUGGAAGUAUGCAGUCGUCGCGCUCAUGUUCUGGAUUGUCUGUUUCGUGACAGGGUUUGCCAACCAGAAGGGACUGAGAGCGUUGAUACAAACAGGACAGCAAAAGGCCGGAUCAAGGUUCCGGUCGCGAGGAUGGAAAGACAUUUGGAUAUCUGGCAGUGCAAAGUCCGAGGAAGAGGAGAGGCUCUACCCCAGUUGA